AUGUGUGAACAGUCUGGCUAUAAGGUACCUGUGGUAGACGGUCGGUACUAUGUGGCUCAAUGGCCUGCUAUUCAAACACUAAGGGGACCCGUCAAUAUUCGUGGUUGCAACUAUUUCACAAAAGCCUUGGCUACCGUCCUCCGUCUGCUUCAUGAUGCAAAGGCUGAAGCAGUUGCUUUCCAAAAGACGAGUUGCUGGACUGAUAUGACUGAUUGCUGGAAGCCCUUUGGAUGUAAAGACUUUCUGUCAAUGUUGUCGCAUACAGCUUCCUUGAGCUUGAAUGUGGUUUACAGGUUCCAGCAGUCACCGGAUUACCUAGAGGCUGAAGCCUGGCUGGAUCUGGAGAACCCCUUGUUAGGAACGAAAGGGACACCACACAACCUGCAUGAUCUGGCCAGAACGGUCCGAGAAACAGCAGUCUCCAUGCAAAAUCGUGUCAGAAGCCUGACUGAAUCUGUUUGGGAAAAGGAAGGUGGUGUCCCAACUAAAAAGGAAAAGGAAAAGGGUAAGAGCAAGAAUGCUGAUGAGGCUGGGAAAGAGAAGCCCACUGUCCCUACCAUAGUUCCGACGGUCGAUCUUCGCUGCAUCCGCUUGUGGUGUGUCUUGAACACCAAGGAGAGGCGCAAGGAAAUCGAAAACCCCAAAAACGACAAGCUCAAAAUUCAAGAAAUCCUUAACGCCAUAGAGGAGGACAUUGAAGCGUCGUACGAAGAAGCCGGUUUCAGCUUCACCGCAGUAGAAACAAAAACCCUUCAGCUGACGCCGGAAACCGAGAAAAGAAAGCAAAACCUACUCGAUGACAACGUUCCAAUGAUCUACAGUAUCUGCAUAGGUCUAUGUUGGAAAGAUAAUAAACCCCAGAUCCUCCACGACUCGACCACUAUUGGGCCUACACGAGAACGCAUAAGCUCUUUACCUCCGUACAACGAAGACCGAUUGAGAGCACGCAACCUUCACGUUGGCGACGCCGACAUGAAGGAUUGGGCAAAGGAUUUGCAAUGUCUCUCUAAAAUUGACGAGGCCGAUAAGGGAAUCGAGGUUACCGAUGAAAAGCUCGCGUCCUACACGAAGAACCCUGAGUUGAAUAAGAAACUCCAGAUCAGAACCAAACAAGACGUCAUUCAAAUGCAGGGCCGGGUCUAUUUGGCUACCCAUGCUAUCAAUAGGCCCGAUGCGCAAGAGCCUCCUGCCCCUCAAAAGCUGCAAGCACUUAGCUUAUGGAAAAAGGGGCCUCGUAGAGACUGCUCCGAGCACAUUAGCCGACCCUUCCUCAUCGCGAAGAAUGGGGAGAUCAAAAGAAUUGGUGGCUGUUGGAUGUGCAAAGUGCUUCUCAGAUACAGGGAGCCAUUGAACGACACCGAACUGCAUGAUGGUUUGAAGGAGAGCGCCGCCAAAAAAGACUUCUUCAAUAAGCGCAAGGAGAUACCCCAUUCUUGUGCGGAAGUUCUUUGCUCCAAGUAUUGUCAUAUUAUGGCAAAGGACAUGCAGGCGAGGAACGAGGCGAAAGCGAUAGAGGAGAAGAAGAAGGAGGAGGAGGAGGAGGAGAAGAGGAGGAGGAUGGCAGGGAAUCGGGGCAGGGGCAGGUACAGUGAGAUUGCUCGCAGAUGA